CCUUUCUGACGUCACGGAUGUAAACAAACACGACCAUCCUUGUCUGAGCAGCCGAACACGGUGCGCCGCUACCACCGCCUCCACCACGGCGUGACCCGCUGCAGGACACGACACACGCACUUUCUGUACAUCCCAACUGCCACCACUCCUCAGCAGCAGCUGAGGAAGGCAGAGGCCAGGCAGCAUCCACUCUAGGAGAGCCUCCCACUGCCCUGCUAUUCCUGCCACGUGCUCCCCGCCGCCACAAUGCUGCCCACCUUCAAGAAGGCAGUGCAGAUCACACUAUCAAAUUGGCCCGCGUUACAGUUUGCAGUGCAGCAGCAGGCAGGUGGGCCACAGAGUGCAGCCAUAGCAGAGUGGAUGGUGGGAGUUACUGAACAGUAUUUUUAUGACAAUGAGGACCUUGAGGCAGAGGAGGUGGCUGACUACCUGGCAACAAUAAUGGACCAGGAACUCAACACAAUGGUGGAAGAUGAGUCUGAUGUUGAGGUUGGGCAGUGUUUGUGUCGCUUCUACCGACUGUGUGUGGAGGGGAGUGAUGCACAGGUGCUGGAUGACCUGUCAAAGAUCCCAGUAGGCAUGCCAUCCUUCAGAGUCCAAGAUCUUUGUGAAGAGGAAGAAGAGUCAGACAAACCCCCUCAACUAGUGGAUCGCCUGGGUGCCCUGCAGCUGGCCGAGGCACCACCCAGGCCUGAGCCAGAGCCUCGGACAGCAGAGCAGCUGAGGGAUGAGGCGGAGGGGUGGACGAUGGUACAGAGAAGGAAACACAAGUGAUGAUGGUAAUAAAUAGUAUUGGUUGA